CGAAGCGGCUUCCUACCCGUCGCCUUUCCUCUCAGUACCCAUCCUUCUCAACUGCUCUCUCUCUCUCUCGCCCACGCCGUCGCCGUCUGUCGUCCGCUGCGAUGAGCCACCGGGCGAUGCAUCCGGUGAAGGUGGAGAACGGCCACGCCUCCUCGGCGACCGUCAACGGCGGCGCGCCGAGGCCGCUGGAGGGGCUCGCGGACCACGCCGGCCCGACGCCGUUCCUCGCCAAGACCUACGACAUGGUCGACGACCCCACCACCGACGCCGUCGUCUCCUGGAGCGCCACCAACAACAGCUUCGUCGUCUGGGACCCGCACCUCUUCGGGACCGUGCUGCUCCCGCGCUACUUCAAGCACAACAACUUCUCCAGCUUCGUCCGCCAGCUCAACACAUACGGCUUCAGAAAGGUAGAUCCCGACAGGUGGGAAUUUGCAAAUGAAGGAUUCUUGAGGGGGCAGAGGCACCUUCUUAAAAAUAUUAAGCGUCGCAAACCUACGCACGGGUCUCCAAAUCAGCAAUCUCUUGCCUCCUACCUUGAGGUGGGGCACUUUGGAUAUGAUGGGGAAAUGGAUCAGUUGAAAAGGGACAAGCAGCUCUUGAUGGCUGAAGUGGUGAAGCUCAGGCAGGAGCAACAGAACACAAGGUCAAAUCUUCAAGCCAUGGAACAGAGGCUGCAAGGAACUGAGCAGAAGCAGCAGCAGAUGAUGUCCUUCUUGGCACGAGUCAUGCAGAAUCCUGAGUUCAUACGCCAGCUGAUCUCCCAGAGUGAGAUGAGGAAGGAGCUCGAAGAAGCCAUCUCUAACAAGAGAAGGCGCCGCAUCGAUCAGGGACCAGAAGUUGUUGAUAGCAUAGGCACUGGCUCUAGCCUGGAGCAAGGGUCACAGGUAAUGUUUGAGCCGCAUGAGCCGGUGGAUCCGUUUGUCAAUGGCUUUGCACCCGAUCUUGAAAGCUCGUCAGUGGGGACGAAAGGAGCCAAAGUGCAACAGGGUGCCACUUCUAGCAGCUCUGGGCAACUGAGAAGCAGGCCCAGUGGAGAGCUGAAUGAUGAUUUCUGGGAGGACCUACUCCAUGAAGGGGGGCUCGGUGAUGAAGCUGGCAACUCUGUGGAUCCAGAUGACACGAACUUGUUGCUUUAGAAGAUGGACUACCUCGAACUCAAACAACACGAAAUCCUUACAGUAGCUUAUUUCAUUCUACCACAUCCCUGCAUCUCGGAUGAUCUUUGCCGCCAUGCCUGUAAUUAUGUCAGCCCAGUAGAUUGCUGUGUCUAUCAUAUUAUCCUGGUGAUGCCUUAAUGCUGUAAAUGCCAAUCGCUUGGGGCCAGCAUUAUGAUUGUGAUGCUUUUAGGAAAGAAGUAUAUCUAUCUGAUGCCCAUCUACCUGUCUUGCUCUGCAAAGAUUAUGGUUAGUCUGGGGCUGUAUCCAUCCUUGUAACUUCAGUGUUUCUGUUAGUUAAGAGUCAAUUGGUAUGUCACUAUGAGACGGCAGAAUAAGUAUCCAGUCCAGUACAGUAGUAUGGUCUACCCUUGUGAUUUGCUACAAUAUUGUAUAUGUAACAUGUAUAUGUGCUACAAUAUUGUAUAUGUAACAUGUAUAUGUGUACAGUAGUAUGGUCUACCAUCUAUUUUUUA